AUGCAGCCGCAGGGGCCGCAUCAGUGGCACCAGCAGCAACCGCCGCCGCAGCGCCAAGGCCAGUACCAACAGCAGCCUCCAUACCAACUGCAGGGCUACCCCCAGCAGCCCCAUGCGCAGGAUGGUUACCAGCAGCAGCAGCAAAUUCGGCAGCAGCCCCAAUACCAUUGGCAGGGGCAGCCCGCUCCAGGCGGCCCCCGGCCGCCACCCUCACAAAUCCGCGGCGCCAACGGCGGCCAUGCCGGCUAUGGUGCUCCCGGGUACGCCGGCGCCCCCGUCCACGGCGCAGGCAGGGGCUACACGCCGGGUCGCGGCGCGCCCGGCGGGUUGGCGCCUGCGCCGCCCGGCGGCGGCCGCGGCGGCGGCCCUUCAUGGGAUGCACGCGGCGGCGCCGGCGGGCGCGGCAGGGGCG